AGUUGUGUGGAACAUCACGGGGCCAACCGCAGCAAGGCAGUGAAGAAGAAAGGCCACCCCGAGAUGGACAACCAGAACACAUCUCAUAACAACUCUUCAGGUGACUUUGUUAAAAGCAACAAGCGACACACAAAGCAGAUGGCUCUACACGAGAAACGCGAACGGGAGUCGCUCGUUGUGUGGCGGAAACCCUUCCAGACGUUGGACUACUUUGUGCGCGAAUUGGGGAUGAACGCUUACUCGGCGUAUCGCAGUGUUCUUAGUCAUAAGUUGACAGUUUUCGUGAGCUUACUGUGUGUGGUGUUAUUUUACGGGUUAUCGCACGUGGACGGACCGCAUAGGAUACUCAUGGAGUACUCGCAACGCAAGAUGUGGUUCUGUCUGUACUGGGUGGGGUUAGGGGUGUUGUCGUCCAUCGGUCUGGGUACCGGACUGCAUACGUUUGUGCUGUACCUGGGUCCGCAUAUCGCGCAAGUCACGUUGGCCGCAUACGAGUGCGGUAACCUCAACUUCCCCGAGCCUCCCUACCCGGACGAGAUCCUGUGUCCCACUGUCAACGACCCUCGCUGGGUCACCAGUUUGCUCAAUAUUAUGCGUAAGGUGCAAUUAGAAGCGGUGAUGUGGGGAGCAGGGACAGCACUGGGCGAACUGCCUCCCUACUUCAUGGCUCGAGCCGCCCGCCUCUCGGGCAAAGAGGAUGAGGAUGACGAGGAAUUGGAAGAACUCAAGAGGAUAAAGAAGACGAAAAAAGGUGCGCUCACACUUUCCGACCGUGCCAAACUCGCCGUGCAACAGCUGGUCGAGAGGGUCGGCUUUUUCGGAAUCUUGGCCUGCGCGUCAGUUCCUAACCCACUUUUCGAUCUAGCGGGCAUCACGUGUGGACAUUUCCUCGUGCCCUUCUGGACGUUUUUCGGGGCGGUGCUCAUCGGAAAAGCCGUCAUCAAAAUGACUCUGCAAGUAUUCUUUGUCAUCGUCACGUUCAACGACACGCUCAUCAAGAAAAUCAUGGUUUUCCUCGAAAGUGUACCGUCCGUCGGUAUAGUUUUCCAACGACUGCUCCGCGAGGUCCUCGACAAACAGAAAGAACGGUUCAACAAGAAAGACCAGGUUGAAAAGUCGGUCAACUACAUCGGGAAAGCGUUCGAGGUUUUCGUACUGUCGAUGAUUCUCUACUUUGUUAUAUCGAUUGUUAACUCACUAGCUCAAAGCUACCACAAACGACUGUGUAAGCGCAAAGAAAACGACAAAAGUGCCUAAGUGAGCACAUUUUCAACCAACUUUGUUACAGUGCGUGCUCGUAAACAAACAUAUUAAGCUUCGUUUAGAUUUGGGAGGAUUUGUAUGAGAUACACGAUGAAAUUAUGAUCAGGCAAGACAUGUCUGUAAUUGAGAAGAUUUGUGAGGUACUUUUAUAUAUUACAUAGAAAAUGAGUAUGGUCAGACCAAUCAUGUAUUCGCAUACAUGUCCUCAUUAGAGCAAAUUUGUGAUCAGACCAAACAUUUGCAUAAAAAUGUCUUCAUUUUAGUAGAUUUCCAAGGUUUUUAUGAGAAAGACUUUAUUGUGAUCAAAUAAAACAUGUAUAUUCUCACACGUUGUCAUGAAUGUAGAAUACACCAAAAAUGUAUUAGCUAAAUGAUAGCUCAUACACAUAAUUCCAUGGGGAAAUUGUACGAUUUGUCAAUGGACAAGAGUAUCUCAUACAAGUCAUCAUACAAGUCUAGAUGUAAAUUUAGCCUGUAGAUGACAUUACUUGUUCUUGAUCUACUUUGUAAAACAAUGUAUUAUUGAACACAGUUAGCGGAUGGGGAGGGGAGUGGUAGGUGAUGAUUUUCUAGAUAAUAUAUUAUAUGAUAAAUUGUGUUCAUUCAAUAUUGAUGAGUAAUAUUGGACAAGGCAUCAGAAGAGGUUGAUUUUCUUAUUGAAAUCAAGAUGCCGAUCAAUUGUUCCAAAAAGUUUCAAUAAAUGGCUAAAAUGGGUUUUACUCAGUUUAUUGAUUUGUAGUUGAGGGAAACCAAACGUACGUGGUUGAAACUACUAGGAAAACUGUAGAACUAAACAAACGUUUUUGGCAAACGUUAAUUUUUGUAGGCAAACGUCACCUCAUUUAGGUUUAUAUAGUGUAGAAAAUUGUACUUCACUUGAUUUGCCAACUGGGUAAUUAAUAUAAAUUAUUUUUUCAAAAUUAUUAUCAAUUUAAGAUCUUUGAAGCCCUAUCUGAAUUCUGUUGUUUAAAUUAUACUUAAUAAAUUUCUAUUUGGAAGGUUGUAUGGUUGCAAAUUUCUCCAAUUAACUACUUUAUUGAUGGAAAUAAAUUAUUGGUUGUAAUUUUUAGCUGUUGAACGCAGCUCCUAUUCAAUGGGUUUCAGGUCUAUAUCAUUUUUUGAUUAUUCAAAGUCUCCAGUUUGAGAAAGUUUUUUGUUUCAGGUUUGAGAAGAAUUUGUUUUAAAUUAUGUUUUUAAGUUAUAAGUUUUUCAAAGUUUGGUUUAACGUCUUACAGUAAGGUAGUUGUUAUUAUAAAACUAUCUGUAUAAACGGUAGAAAAUAAUUUCGGAAGGUGUUUAUGUUCUAUUUCUGACAGUAAAAUAUUAACCAACUUUAACUUUUAUCUUGAGAGGCCUUUGGACUUGUAUACAGCCUUAAGUCAAUUGUCAAAUUGAAAUUUCAAAAAUUGGGUUAAUGGAAAAACAACAUUUAAAAAAUUAUUAAUGAAAACUUGAAAGUUACCUAUUCCAUUGGAAAAUUAUUAGAUACGAACCUCCUUCGAGUUUUUUUCAAAUAGGAAUUGAUACAUUCAUGUGGCUUUCAGUUUAUAAAAACUAAAAAAAAAUCAUUAUUAGCCAAACUUCAAAUCUAAAACAACGUGAGAGAUGGUGCUGAUUUGUAAUAAUUUUAUAAAUAAUGAGAAAGCUAGAUCCUAAACAUUUGUAAAUCAUUUGUCAGUUCUCAAAAGGAAAGUAAUGAUGACCAAACCAAAUUGAUAUUAUAAGACCUGCUUUUGAAAUUAUUAAAUAGGCUUCUAAUUCGUUACACAUAAUAAUAUAAAUGUUUUAUCUGAAUAAAUUCACAUUAAUUAUUCUAUAGUAGCCUAGAUAAAAGGAAAAUGAUGGGUGAACAAACCCAAUUCAUAUUUUCAAUCUAAUUCUCAGUUUUCAAUCAUGGGAUGGUUCUAUUCGAUAUGUCGUCUUUAAAUAAAAAGUUAAAAAAUAUAUUAAAAAUGUGAAUAUGAAUCAGUUAAUAUUCAAGUUUUCUAGAUUCUCUGAGGUAUAAAAAUGAAAAAAAUGAAAACUGAGGUUUUCAAUUGUGGCAAGACUUACAUUUCAUGUAAAAGUAGAGAUUAAAUUGUCUUCAAGUACUGUACUACAAAGCAUCUCUUGUCUACGAUAUGAUCUGUGUAAGAUAAAUCACUCCUCGUAUUGAAACUCAUUGAGAAAUGUUUCUAGAAGUCUACUUCCUAGUAACUUUUAGUUUCUAGGAAGAUUCUUCUUUCAAUUUAAGUAUUUAUUGUUAUUGUUAUUUGCUACUGUACUGGUUACUUUAAUAAGCGUACAAACCACAUACUAUUAUCCAUUAGAAUUAGAGUUAAGGUUUCAGUAGUUGUAUUUGGGACAAAAUCAAAAUUUUCCUUCCAAAAGUUUUUUAUUAAAUGCAUUGUUAUGGUAUUGUAUUUUACUUCAAGAUAAUAUUACCAUAUUCUAGCAUAUUUUAAUUAUGUAAGCAGAUGAUUUAUUAUCAGUAUUCAUCUUAUGAUACUUAUCUAGGUGGUCAACGUUGUGUAAUACAUUUGAAAUAUUGAAGAUCUAUCACAUAAUAUUAGGUGCAUUGAAUAUGAAAAUUAAAUUAUCAAACAAAUUCUAUUUUUGAUUAUAAUUUUGGAUUCUGUUGGAAGUUUAUCAUGACUUGUCUCACCAAACCAUAUUCCAUAUAAUGAACAUCUCACAUUAUUUUCAAUAAUUUUUCAUGUUAAUAGCGAUGAAUAAUUUUUAUGAUUCUAUACAACUAAUGUAAAAAGUAAUAAUUGUGAAGAUCAUAGUUAUGAAACUUGGUGCACCUUCUAAAAAAUUAGUCACAAUACAGGUUAUUCCUAUUAUUUUAUUUGACAUUAGUUUAGUUAACUAACUGCGUAGUAGGUAGGCUACUGAUAUUAAGAAAUGCUUUAAAACGAUAAUUAUGAAUGUGUAAUAAGCAGUACAACUUUUGCCAAUUACAGUGUCCAAUAAUGUGCUAUGAGGACAAACUUCCAGAUUGAAAACAAUUAUUAAUUUCUAAUACAAUAUUUUAAUAACAUUCAAUAGUAGAUUCUAGAUCACUUUCAUUGAACUAUUAGAAUUUUUCAUGAAAGCUAUUAAUUAUUUAGGCUAUCAAACUAUCUUAUCAAAAGGGUUGAAAAAAAUAAUUUUCCUAUUGUUUCUAAGAAAUUUAUUUUAAAACGACCUUAAAGUUGGAUAUAGAUUUAAAAAUUUCUAUUCAAGUACAUGAUGAUUUUCGAAAAAUAUUUACCAUAUUCUGGAUGAGGAUUUUUUGAGCUUUACAAUUUAUUCUAAUCAAUAAUGAUAGUCCAAUUGUCACUGAUUGGCUUUGUUUAUCCAGUUUUUGCUUUCAAGUCAAAGUCAAGUGAUCUUCUUAAAAUGUGGCAAGAAAUUACGUCACAGUUUUCAUGUUCCUCAACUUUUUUUGGAAGUGGUGACUCUUCCUUUUCCUUUUUAAAAGCUUUCAUCUCACACGUUUCAACGAAAUAAUUGAAAUUCGGAUAGAUUGGAUUGGAUGAAUCAGAUGGACGAUAAGUAAUUGGAGUAUAAAUAGAUUGAUGUAAUAUUUACCAUUGUCUUGAUAAUGUGUAUGUAUUUGUCAUUAUCAUAGUUAAAAGUGACAAAAUUUUAGUAAUAAGCAGCAUGUAGGCUCAUUCGCAAAAGUGCUUGAGUGAUAACUUAUUGGCCUUUGUAUUUGUAUCAUCCAGUUGUCAUUCAUAAGAUAAGUAAGUGAUUAGUUUAAUAAUGCUUUUUGCCAACUUUUGAUGUUUGUUGACUUUUUAGUGUUUGAAAAAUAUGUUUGAACACAUUGGGCUUCUUGAUUGUUGUUAUUUAAACUGUUGACUAUUUUCUUUGCCGGUUUGUAGUAAGAAUAGUUGCUUUUUCCCAAUAGUUAGAAGGUGGAUUCAUCGAAAGACAUUCCCAUUUUAUAUUGAAGUAAAUCAUGCGUUUUUGUUGAUUAUUGUGUUGUUGUUAAAUAUUUUAUAGCUUUUUCAAUAAAGCAUAUUUUUUAAAAAAA